AUCUGAAAGGAAAUCAGGUGAAGUGUCAUACGUGCAGUCACUAUAUGAACACUGACGUUUGUGCUGCGAGUGAUUUAAUGCUCCUUUAACACAAUUAAUAAUGCGGCCCAUUUUGAUUGGGGUGGUUUUAGUGUCAGUUGCAGCUGCAUAUUAUAUUUAUCUGCCUCUGCCCAGCACUAUAUCAGAGCCAUGGAAACUCAUGAUUUCAGACGCAAUGAUGCGUAGCAUGAUGAAGUUGGGUUUCUUAGCUCAUGAUCUUGGACUGGCUUCGCCAUUUGGGUUGGUAAAAUACUUCUCGGCUUGGACGGAUGCAAAAAUUGACGAGUCCAGCCCAAGCGUCCGAGUCACAGAGGCGUCUUUUGGCGGAGUGAAAGCACUGGUGUUUGAGUCCACUGCUGCAGGCCAGGAACAGAGCUUUAAAAGAGGCGUGGUCUAUUUCCACGGAGGAGGGUGGACACUCUGCAGUACAAAGAUGGAACCAUUUUUCCGUCAGUGCAUGACUACGGCUGAGGAGCUGAAUGCAGUCGUAAUAUCUGUCGAGUACAGAUUGGCACCGGAUGCACGGUUUCCAGACCAGUAUGAUGAUGUUUUUCAGGCCUCCAAACACAUCCUGACAGCCGAGGUGUUGAGUCGGUACUCCAUAGACCCGAGGAGGGUGGCUGUGUCCGGGGACAGCGCCGGAGGAAACCUGGCCGCUGCUGUGGCACAACAGAUUGCUUUAGACAGUAGCAUUCCUAUUAAAUUUAAAGUUCAGGCGCUGGUGUACCCAGUGCUUCAGGCCCUGGACUUCAACACCCCCUCGUACGUGCAGAAUGCCAACAUUCCCAUCUUAGACAGGUCAUUGAUGGCCCGCUAUUGGCUGGAGUACCUAAACGGCGAGCAGAAGCUUCUUCCUGCUUUGCUGGCAAACAACCACACAGCUCUGGAUCAGGGUCAGGAGAUAGCAGCGGCCAAAGCCAAGAUCAACUGGACCAAGCUUCUCCCGGUGGCCUUCCAGAAGAGCUAUAAACCUGUGUUUCCGCUUCACGGCGACCCAAAGCUGCUGGAGAAGCUGCCAGGGCUGCUGGAUGUGAGAGCGUCGCCUCUACUAGCUGAAACAGAAGUGCUGAAGGCCGUGCCGCCCGCUUACAUCAUGACCUGUGAGCAUGACGUGCUGAGAGACGACGGACUCAUGUACGCCACACGACUGGAGGAGGCCGGAGUCCACGUCACUGUUGAUCAUGUUGAAGAUGGCUUCCAUGGAUGCCUCAGUUUCGCUUUUGGACCCUUUGCAUUUUCUGUUGGAAGACGAAGUCUUGGGAACUACAUCCAUUGGCUGAAAGAGAACCUCUAAAGACUCAUAUAGGCUGGGUCUAUGUUAAAUAUAUUUUAAUUUUAAAUUAGAUUUUUUAAUUUAACAUGCAGUCCAUAAUAAAAAUGCUUAAAAGUUAUUUCAACAAAAUCUGAACAAGCCUGCUGUUUUAGUACAGGGAAUUUAUUAUAAAUUUGUAUUUAAUGUCAAAUGAUUUAUGCAGUGCAAUUGGAAUUUAUUAACAGGUAUAAAAUGAACUCUAAAGUUAAUGUGUAUAAAUACUUUAAAUGCACAAGAUAUUAUAUAAAUGUUCAGUUUGAUAGCUUAAGUUAACACUUUUUGGAUUUGCAUAUAAACAUACUUAAAUUACGUUUUGGGGUUAUAAUAUACAAAAACAGUCAAAUUAGAAAUAAAAUGCAUAAAAAAAUGAAUAUAUAUAUAUAUAAUAGAAAAUAGAAAGGGUACUGAUUCAAACAAAACAAGCAGUAUUUACUUUUCCAAAAAGAAAGAAAAAAUAUUAAUAGUAAUUACUCAAAAAAAAAUGUAUGGGGAAAUUAGUAAUUUACAUAUUAUUUUUGGCAUGACAGAGCUUUCAGGGACAGAUAUCAUUUUAGAUGGAUAGCACGUUCAUAAAAAUAUGUUUAUGCCAUAAAAUCUUUUCUCAGAGCGUAUCAUCAUGUUUACAUAUAACUUACGCCUGUUAAAAUACAACACUGCUGGGAAAAUGUUCGAACUCUUGACUUGGAAUUGCAACUUCUUUGGCAGUUUCUGUGCUGCUGGCAGUCAGCAUUUUUAACAAAAGGGAAUUUCCUAAAAACCUAGCGGAGUGGUAGUUUAGUGAAACACGAGCUGGAAGGGAGUAUUUGAGGGAAGCUAUCUGUCACUGUUAGCGCAUGGGAAGCGCCGGGGGGAGCAGAUGAGUGCGGCGGAAUGCGGCUCUUGCUGUUUUUCUCACCUGUGAAACCUUCGCUUUUAUUGCAUCUUUUAUUCUCUAACUGGAAGUGGGGGGACAAUAAUCAGUUUCUCUAGAUGUUUUACAUAAACUACCAUUAUUCUCAGGAAAAAGCAUAAAGAAAUGAACAGAUCUUUGUAAUACACCCUCAUUUAUGUCCUCUUUUCUAGCUCUUAUUGUUUUGUAACCACAUGCCAGUUUCCAAAAUGAUACUACUAUCUUCUUUCAGGUAUGAUGAGUAUGUGAGUCAGUGAAGGCUGGAAUCAUGUUUCUUUUGAUGCUGUGCUAAAAUAUAGCAAUUGUUUGGGAAAUCAUCUUGGUUAUGUGAUUUCUUGGCUACAAAAUAAACCGCUGACAAUGA